GAAAGAAAAGAAAAGCAGAGCGGGAGAGAGGCGAAAAAACAGAGGAGGCGAGGAGGAGGUAGAGGAGAGAAUAAGUAAAAGCUGAGAUUUUUUUUUCUCCGACCUUUUUCUGUUCACUGUUUCGGAAGAGUUUGACACUACAAUCGUUUUUCUUGUCGGAGGAGGGCAUGAAUCUGGAGUUUUCUUCCACUGAAUCCGGUGAAUUAUGGUAGCAAUUCGGUCGGAAGAUCUGUUUAUAGAAGAAAGGUGUAAGACGAUGAGAUUUACAUUCAUCUGUAUUUGAUUUCAUGAGAAGAAGUGGAAAGAGAUGGAUAGAAACAGAGAAGCAAGGAGAGGAAGCUUAGCGGCGACGAAUGGAUUGUCGAGAAGGAGACAAAGGAGCAGCAGUCUGAGGGAUUCGCCUGAGGAAGAUGGGUCGAUGGAAUUGCAGGAAACGGCGAGGUUACGAGAUCGAGUAAAUAAGAAAGAUAGAGAUCGGGAUCGGUCGAGUCGGAACAAGAGAAGAAGGGGAGAGAGAUUGAUGCAUGGGAGUAAUCGGGAGGAAGGUGGAGAAGAAAGUACCGAAGAAAGCGUUGACGAUGAUGAGGAGGAUGAGGACGAAGACGCCGGUGCGGUUCGGAUGCUUCCCCCGAAUCCUCCAUCGUCCUCUCUGUCGAAUCAUCAUCAUCAUCGGAAGAGCUUUCCGCCUGCUAAGGUUGUUAGGGUGGCCCCGACGUGGAAGGUCCCUGAUGAGAUGUCGGUACCGAGAAAAGCUCGGUCAGCUUCGGCUAAAAGGUCACAUGAAUGUUGGACCUCAAGUGGAGGUGGUAGUGGUGGGGGAGGAGGAGGAGGUGGUGGUGGUGGUGGCUGCGGCGAGCCGUUUCACCGUCAGGCUUCAACUUCACCUGCGAGACCAAGUGCGCCAGUACCCUCACCGGCUUCGAUCUCGCCUUCUUCUUCCAAUGCUUCUGUUCGGAAGAAGAUGAAACCUAUCGGAGCUAAGCACCGGCCUCCAAAGAUUACUAAGACCUCAUCUUCUUCGAUACAGGAGAUUGAGAUCGAGGUCGCAGAGGUUCUGUAUGGAUUGAAAAGGCAAUCACAGUGCCCGCCAAACCAAGAAAUUACAGCAAACGCAUCACAGAAGGUAGAUUCAAAAGAGACCAAUGGAUCGAAUAACGAGGCAAAGUCGAGAGUUUCUUCUCCGAUCUCAGUAUCAGUUUCGGCUGCGGCACCUCAGUCGUCGACGUUGCCUCAGAAUUCUAGCACUUCGUCGACUCCGUUACCAGCUGUUGCAUCUGCAGCACCAAAGAGGAAAAGGCCGCGACCGGUAAAGUUUGAAGAAGAGAGUGGCCCUGCUAAUUUUCCGGUCAGAAAUGGUUCCAUUUCAUCCGCUGCUGCUAAAGUUGAAAAUGAACAGCCACCGAAAAUGGAUAUUUCUUCUCCAAAAUUAGAGAAAAUGUCGGGAUCCACUAUGGAAAAUGGUGCGGUUUCUUUCGAUUUGGGUUCCUCUCAAGCUGCUGCAGCCGUGUCAUCUUCGGAACCGCUCCAAUCGGAGUCAAAUAAGCCUGAGAGCAAUACCAACUUGGAAUCAAAGCCCUUGACUGAAGAAUCAGAAAAUCGUGAUGCGAUUCAGACGAGAAAGGAAGUCCCACCACCCAAAAAGGAAUUUGCGUGUUCCAAAUUCGAUGUUGAUCUUGAGGAUGAGACCGCGACAAAAUCAGUCUCGGCAGGAUCAGAGGUUGAAAGCAAGCGGGAGGAAAAAUUUAAGAUCGACCUGAUGGCUCCUCCUCCUUCGAAAUCAUCUCCAGAAAGAGAUGGUGAUGCUGAUUUUGUACCAGAUCCUAAUUCUAUGGUUCCCGAUGUCGACGUGGUGCAUAGGGUGGAGACUACGGCGAUCAAGGCAGGGGAGAAGGGCGAGAAAAUUGUUAAGCAGGAUACGGCGGAGAAUGGAUUGGAAGAUAAAAAGAUAGAGGCAAUGGCUGAAGAAUCUGAACCACUGAAGCCGAUUGCGAAUUGGGAAAGGAACCUCGACCUGCAGCUCGAUUUGGAGAAAACUGAUAGGGAAAGCAGCAGUAUCAGCAACAGCAAACAGCAGCAACAGCCACAGCCACAGCCACAGCAAGUUCAGAAGCAGCCGCCACCGCCGCCGCCAUCAAAGUCCACAAGAAACGAUGCGAAGAUGGAGAAACCUGCCCAAUGCACCUCUCUGCCUAUGUCGAUGACUGUAGCUGGCUGGCCCGGCGGGAUUACUUCUCUGGGAUAUAUGCCACCAAUGCAAGCAGUUGCGUCUAUGGACGGGAGCUCCGGAUCCUCAAUGCCGAGCCAGCCGCCCCAUUUUCUUCUUUCCCAACCACGGCCAAAGAGGUGUGCGACGCAUUGUUAUAUUGCUCGAAACAUCUACUGUCACCAGCAGUUCACAAGGAUGAAUCCGUUCUGGACUGCAGCUGCCGGUUCUGCGUCGCUUUAUGGAGCCAAGCCGUACAACCUCAAUGUUGUGCCUCCAACAGAAACCGCAAUUCUUGGAAACCCAUUACAGGGGACUUUCCCAGGGAGGAAUUUGAACCCAGUUCCAGACAAAAGCCAGAUUGCUGGCACUUUUUCAGGUCAUGCUGCAAAGGAUAAGAACUCUGUGUCUGCGGCACCCAACUUCGUUGAUGCCCAGAGAAAGCCGCUCAUUCUUCAGCAAGCUCCGCAGACUGCUGCUGCUGGUAAUUUACUGCAUGGUCCUGCUUUCAUCUUCCCACUAAGCCAUCAGCAGGCAGCAGCUACCAACCGGUCUGGGGCUGCUAAAUCUCCUACUGGCACCAGCAAUGCAUCUUCCUCAAGUGCAGCUAAUUCAGUUCAAGGUGCUCCUGUGAGCUCUGCGUCAACGGCAGCAACAACCACGACUGUAAGCUUCAAUUACCCAAAUUUGCCUGCCAAUGAAGCUCAGUACUUGGCGAUAUUGCAGAACAAUGGAUACCCAUUCCCUAUCCCAACCCAUGUUGGAGCACCACCACCUUUCAGAGGAGGAACGCAUACUCAGGCAAUGCCUUUCUUCAAUGGGUCUUUCUAUUCUUCUCAGGUGCUACAUCCUUCUCAACUUCAGCAGCAACCCCAUUCCCAGACACAACCAAACCAACAGGGCCAUCAGAAUGCAAGCACUUCAAGUGGCUCCUCAUCAUCACAGAAGCAUCAGCAGAAUCAGCAACGUCUGCAAAGUAGUGGUAGUAAUGGUGGAGGUGGAAACUCUAAUAAUUUUCCUGCCUCAAAGAAUCGGCCUGCACAGCAUCCACCACAGCAGCAGAACCUGCAUGUGGCACCAUCUCAUCAGGCUCGCCAACUUGAGGCGGAUGUGGGUGGGGAAGAUAGCCCAUCGACCGCAGAUAGUAGAGUAUCUCAUGCACACAAGAAUUUGUAUGGCCAGAACUAUGCAUUGCAGUUUCACCCGCAGAACUUUGCCUUAAUGACUCCUGCAGCUUUGGGUGGUGCUGGUGGUAAUGGGAAUCAUGGUGAGAAGCAGCAGCAAUCACAACAGCAGAGCCUGAAGGGCGGAGUUGAACUUCUUCCAUCUCAACCAUUUGCCAUGUCAUUUGCGUCCUUCAAUGGAGCUUCAUCUUCUACAGGGCUUGAUUUCUCUUCUAUGGCCCAGAAUCAUGCAAUUUUCCAUAGCCUGCCAGAUGCGGCUAGGCAUGGCUACCAGUUUGCUGCUGCUCAGGUGGCACAGCAGAAGAAGAACCACCAGAUUUCUGAAGAUGCAAAGACUGGUGAUUCAAGCAAUGCUGAUGAUGAAAGGACGGCUUUGACUGGGAAAUCCCCAGCAGGCGCUGGGCAGUCUCUUACCUUCUCUAGGCCAGAUUCCACUGACCAGGCAGUACCCACAAUUCUAGGCAACACCGUUGUUGAUAGCUCUCGGACUCUUGGCCUUAUGUCACCUCCUGUCAAUGGCAAUCGAACAUCCCGUUCCAAUAUGACUGGUUCCACUGCAGCUGCUGCGGUCUCUAAUUCUCAGCAGCAGCAGCAGCUGAUUCAGCUUCAGAAGCAGCAACAACAGCAGAUGCAGCAAAACCAACUGCAGCAGCAUUUUGCUGCUGCCGCCGCAGCGGCUAGAAGUAAAACAUCAGGAGCUAGCAGUGGCAGUAUUUAUUCCGAUCACCUUGCUUCCUCCUCUUCUGUUGCAUCCAAGUUCUCAAAUGCACUCUUUUCGCAGCCUCUUAUCCAAAGUAGCAGUUCUGCCCAGUCCUCUCAAUGGAAGAACUCGGCAAGGACAACAACCUCUCCGGUAACUUCACAACCACUGGCUUCAACGACCACUUCAUCCAUUAAGAAUCUCCCUCAACAGCCGAGCAGGACCCAAGGCCACACGCAGAUAUCAUUUGGGGUGAAUCCAAAAUCGACCAAUCCACAAGGGGGGCAACAGCACCCUGUGAACCAAGCAGCAUCACCCCCUGUGGUUGUGGGGUCUCCCCCAACUUCUUCAAUCUCAAAGACUGCUGGGGGCAGUCCAAGAACAACUUCUGCUGGUGGUAAAACAGGCCCUUCACCUACAUUAUCGUCUCAACAACAGGCUAAGAAUUCGCCUUCCGGGUCCAGCAGCAAGUCCUCUCCUGUCGGUGGUAGGAGUGUGCCUUCUAUACUGGGCAACUCUCACGUUGCAACUGCUCCUUGCUCAAGUGCUAAGCCACAGCCGCAGUUGCAGCCACAACAGCUACAGAAGCAGCCUUUGCAGCAGCCUCAACUGUUCUUCACCAAUGCCUAUAUGCAAACCCAAUCUCCCCAGUCUGUUACCACAACUACUCCAGCAGCUACUGCUACAACGGCCACAAUGGGGUAUUACCAUCAGAGGCAACAACAGCAGCAGAAAGGGUCGUCCACUGCGUCUACAGGGAUGCUUUCGCUGUGUCCUUCACUUUCAUUAGCUGGUGCCACCACUUCUGAUCCUGCGAAAGCAGUUGCUGCUGCUGCUGCAGCAGCAGCUGCUAACAAUAUGAAGGGAGGAAUGCCGCCAGCAGGACUCAUCCACGCUGCUCAGUUUGCGGCACAAGCUGCUGGGAACCCACACCCACUCAUGUCUACGACCUUCCCAUACAUGCAUGCUGUGCAGGCUGUGUCUGUGAAACCAGCUGAACAAAAACAACCUGCCGGAAAUGACAAUUUGCAUGCCUGCUGGCAGCCUGAGAGGAGAUAAAAUGAUGAAGCCAACCCAAGUGAAAGCGGAGAGUUCAGAACCCAUCUAUCUUACCAGAUGGCAUGCUGCAGCCCACCGCACCGGGGAGUUGACCGUACCGUGUGACACGUGGAGCCAUGUGCACGUGCACGUCCACCAUCAGCCAUAUACUAACCUGCGCUGUUUAGGGGACGCACGCACGCACCAAAGAUUCUUAUCUAAUAAUACGACUGCAAUUUUUGAAGGACUGAAGGCGAUAAGGUUCAUCUUCAUCAUCACGAUUGAGUGUAUGUAUGAUGUAUCCCAUGUUCAUACGCUAGAUGUUUUCGGGCUGUCGUGGAUCUCGGUCGACCUUAGGGAAUUAAUUUUUGAUUGGUUUGGUUUUUGGUGGUGGAGAAGAGACUGUCUGGAGAAAGAGACAGAGGAUCCAUCGAUGCAGAAAAACAUUGGCGUCUACAAUGAUCAACGGUUAUAUAAAAAAUGGGAAAUGAAAAGUCCGAUCAGGACCUACCUUGUAUGUUGGUGGACCUACCUUGUAUGUUGGUGUAGGGAAGGGCGUUUUUUGUUUUUUUUUUUUUUUUUUUUUAUAAUUUUCUUUCCUUGGAAAGGAUGGAAUUGGUUUUUAUGACCUAUAUCUGUGAUGGGUGUAUAUAUGUCUGGCACAUAGAAGAAAACAGAGACCCUCAAUUUUUUCUUUAUCAAUUUAAUUCUUUUUAUCA